AUGGCGGAAAAAGCUGACAGAAUGGCAGAAGCCUUUGACACGGAUUGCUUGACUCUGACGAGGUACAUUAUCGCCGAGCAGGCAAAGUAUCCGGAUGCUACUGGUGAAUUUACCCAGCUGAUGAACGGCAUUCAAACUGCCGUAAAAUCUAUUUCAAGUGCCGUCCGGAGUGUCGGAAUUGCUCAGCUAUACGGUCUGGCUGGCGAGUCUAACGUUCAGGGCGAAGAGGUUGAAAAGCUGGACGUUCUUUCGAACGAGCUCUUCAUCAAUAUGUUGAAGUCUUCCCACUCUGCUUGUCUGCUAAUUUCGGAAGAGAACGAGGAAUUAGUUCAGGGCAAAUACAUUGUUACAUUUAACCCCCUGGACGGCUCCUCAAACAUUGACUGCCUGGGCUCUAUUGGUUCGAUAUUCGCUGUCUACAAGGCCUCGUCGAUUGAUCGCAAGCAGAAGGUCCCCCUAUCCGAGGCUCUGCAGACGGGGCGAAAUGUGGUCGCCACUGGUUAUGCCCUCUACGGCAGUUCUACCAUGAUUGUCCUCUCUGUCGGCUCCGGCGUCAACGGCUUCACUCUUGAUCCGGUCAGUCAAAUGAUUUGCUGCUACAAUCUUUGA